CUCACACACUCACACCUCCCCAGCCCGACCCCGCCAUGGCCGCCUCCACCAUGUCCGUCUGCUCCAGUGCUUGCACCGAGCCCUGGCAGGUGGACGACUGCCCAGAGAGCUGCUGCGAGCCCCCCUGCUGCCAGCCCAGCUGCUGCCAGCCCAGCUGCUGCACCUCAGCCCCCUGCCUGAGCCUCAUCUGCACCCCAUGCUGCCAGUCAGGCUGUACCAGCUCCACCUGCCAGCCGGCUUGCUGCUCCUCCUCCUGCCAGCCAUCCUGCUGCGUGCCUGUCUGCUGCACACCUGUCUGCUGCAAGCCUGUCUGCUGCACAUCCGCCUGUUCAGGCACCUCCUCCUGCUGCCAGCUGUUUAGCUGCCAGCCGGCUUGCUGCUCUUGUUCUCCCUGCCAGUCAUCCUGCUGCACACCUGCCUGCUGCACACCUGUCUGCUGCAAGCCUGUCUGCUGCACAUCUGUUUGUUGCAUACCUGCCUGCUCAGGCACCACCUCCUCAUGCUGUCAGCAGUCUAGCUGCCAGCCUACUUGCUGUUCCUACUCCCCCUGCCAGCCAUCCUGCUGCACGCCUGUUGUCUGCACGCCCUCCUGUUCCUCCGUGUCCCUGCUCUGCCGCCCCGUGUGCAGACCCUCCUGCUGUGUGCCUGCCUCCUCCUGCUGCACCUCCUCCUGCCAGCCCAGCUGCUGCCAACCAUCCUCCUCCGUGUCCCUGCUCUGCCGCCCCGCCUGCCCCCGCCCGGCCUGCUGCAGCCUCUCCUUGGGCCAGAAGUCCUGCUGCUGACAAGCCUCCCCUGCCACCAUGGGGCCUGCCGACAGCUGCUUGCCCUCCACUCCCGACCGUAGAGUCCACUUCAGUGAUUAGGCACAGGAAAAGACCAUUGGCAAUAACUAACGUAAAAUGGCGUGGUGACAAUAAUAUGCCCUAAUAAAAAC